AUGAGAUGCAUUGUCCCUUCCUCUGCAGUUGAGCUGAAUGAAUACCUCCGAAGCCGCUUUGUUCUCCAGAUGUGAAUAGCUCCACUAUACCAGCCUCGUCUUCCUUCCGGGGGACAACGUGGGUCAGGGCACAGAGAGAUAUUUAAUGUCACCCUCUCGGGGCUUUCAUGGGACUCCCUCUGCCACAUUUUUUGGAGGUUGGGAAAGUUGCUAGAGGCUUCAGAACUCCAGCCUAAUGGAUCCCAAACUCGGGAGAAUGGCUGCGUCCUUGCUGGCUGUGCUGCUGCUGCUGCUGGAGUGCGGCAUGUUCUCCUCACCCUCCCCGCCCCCGGCGCUGUUAGAGAAAGUCUUCCAGUACAUUGACCUCCAUCAGGAUGAAUUUGUGCAGAUGCUGAAGGAGUGGGUGGCCAUUGAGAGCGACUCUGUCCAGCCUGUGCCUCGCUUCAGACAAGAGCUCUUCAGAAUGAUGGCCAUGGCUGCGGACAUGCUGCAGCGCCUGGGGGCCCGUGUGGCCUUGGUGGACAUGGGUCCUCAGCAGCUGCCCGAUGGUCAGACUCUUCCAAUUCCUCCCGUCAUCCUGGCCGAACUGGGGAGCGAUCCCACGAAAGGCACCGUGUGCUUCUACGGCCACUUGGACGUGCAGCCUGCUGACCGGGGCGAUGGGUGGCUCACGGACCCCUAUGUGCUGACGGAGGUAGACGGGAAACUUUAUGGACGAGGAGCGACCGACAACAAAGGCCCUGUCUUGGCUUGGAUCAAUGCUGUGAGCGCCUUCAGAGCCCUGAAGCAAGAUCUUCCUGUGAAUAUCAAAUUCAUCAUUGAGGGGAUGGAAGAGGCUGGCUCUGUUGCCCUGGAGGAACUUGUGGAAAAAGAAAAGGACCGAUUCUUCUCUGGUGUGGACUACAUCGUAAUUUCAGAUAACCUGUGGAUCAGCCAAAGGAAGCCAGCAAUCACUUACGGAACCCGGGGGAACAGCUACUUCAUGGUGGAGGUGAAAUGCAGAGACCAGGAUUUUCACUCAGGAACCUUUGGUGGCAUUCUUCAUGAACCAAUGGCUGAUCUGGUUGCUCUUCUCGGUAGCCUGGUAGACUCGUCUGGUCAUAUCCUGGUCCCUGGAAUCUAUGAUGAAGUGGUUCCUCUUACAGAAGAGGAAAUAAAUACAUACAAAGCCAUCCAUCUAGACCUAGAAGAAUACCGGAAUAGCAGCCGGGUUGAGAAAUUUCUGUUCGAUACUAAGGAGGAGAUUCUAAUGCACCUCUGGAGGUACCCAUCUCUUUCUAUUCAUGGGAUCGAGGGCGCGUUUGAUGAGCCUGGAGCUAAAACAGUCAUACCUGGCCGAGUUAUAGGAAAAUUUUCAGUCCGUCUAGUCCCUCACAUGAAUGUGUCUGUGGUGGAAAAACAGGUGACACGGCAUCUUGAAGAUGUGUUCUCCAAAAGAAAUAGUUCCAACAAGAUGGUUGUUUCCAUGGCUCUGGGACUACACCCGUGGAUUGCAAAUAUUAACGACACCCAGUAUCUCGCAGCAAAAAGAGCGAUCAGAACAGUGUUUGGAACAGAACCAGAUAUGAUCCGGGAUGGAUCCACCAUUCCAAUUGCCAAAAUGUUCCAGGAGAUCGUCCACAAGAGCGUGGUGCUAAUUCCGCUGGGAGCUGUUGAUGAUGGAGAACACUCGCAGAAUGAGAAAAUCAACAGGUCAGCUGAUGCCUGUGCAAUGUGCCUCUCUCUUUUUCCUUUACUGCACACACCCGGGUCUACACGUGGGUGAGCUCCUGUUCAAUUUAUGCGAGAAUGGAAAAUCGUCCAGACUGGGCGCUUAAAUAACAGACAUUCAUUCCUCACAGUUCUGGAGCCUGGAUGCCCUAGAUCAGGUGCCAGGCCAUUUGGUUCCUGGUGGGUAUGGGCUGUCUUCCUGGCUGUCCCUGUGAUGGCGGGGUUAGGUGGUUCUGGUGUCUCUCUUUUUAUAAGAGCACCAGACCCAUUGGAUUAGGACCCCCAUUUUAACCUCAUUUAACCUUUAUUAUCUCCUCCAGGCCCUGUCUCCAAAUACAGACACACUGCGGGGUUAGGGGUUCAACAUCGGACUUUGAGGAAAUACAAAUGUGUAGUGCAUAACAAAAAAGGCUAUUAGGAAUGUUUGCUUUAUGCGCUACUGGCAGAUACUACAAGAUCUCCUAAGCAUCCCAGACUAGUGAGAAACAAGAAAUUGUUUGACCCUGAUAUCCAUAUCAGUGAUAAGAAAUCAAGGAAAAUUGACUUUUGGAUUUGAGUCUAGGACUGAUUCUCAUCUUCUUAAUAAUAAUAAUGCAAUUUUCACAUGGAACUUACUAAGUGCUUUUCAUACUGGAAUCUCAGAAGUAUGUUAAAUAAUUUAAAUGGAAUUUAUAACAUCAAAUCUUCUUGUCUAAAUGACAGAAUAUUUUUCCUCCUUCAUUUGAAUGGAAAUUGUAACAAAAUUUCUCUUUGUUUUUCCUCUUCUUAGGUGGAACUACAUAGAGGGAACCAAAUUAUUUGCUGCCUUUUUCUUAGAGAUGGCCCAGCUCCAUUAAUCACAAGAACCUUCUAGUCUGAUCUGAUCCACUGACAGAUUCACCUCCCCCACAUCCCUAGACAGGGAUGGAAUCUAAAUAUCCAGAGAAUUUGGGUCUAGUAUAGUACAUUUUCCCUUCCACUUAAAAUAUCUUGGGAUAUCUGGAUCAAUAAUAAAAUAUUUCAAAGGCACAGAUGUUGGAAAUGGUUUAAGGUCCCCCACUGCACACCUUCCUCAAGUCAUAGCUACUUGCAGCAACUAGAUUUCCCCAAGUCCUGUGCAGUAGCCCCAGGAUUGGAUUCCUUCUAACCUUUUAGCAUGUCUCCAACCUUGCAAUUUGAUUGGCAUAAUCACUCCGGUUUGCUUUCUAGGUCCUCAAGUGCUCGUGACACAUAAUCAUUCCAUCCAAUGAUCGCCUUUGCUUUACCACUCUUUCCUUUUAUCUUAUUAAUAAAAAUGUUGGUCUCCACCACUGACUACAAUGAUUUCCCCAUGGAUUCAUUUUCAGAGGAGUUACUAAAGCAUGGUACUAUAUUAACCUCUUGCCUCCCCUUCAUUUAUUUUUUCCCACUUCUUGAAAAGUUCCGAAGCUGAAAUGAUCAAUAUUCAUACCUGUAUGCCAUUUGGGAGUCCUUGUGCAAAGAUGAGUAUUUUUUUUUUUAUUCCAAGCUUCUUUACCUUUCCUGAGAUUGAUGCCACCUUGUCAGCUUCUCUGCCUCCCGUUCCUUCUUCCUGUCCCAUCAGAAAAGGCCCACUCUCUCUCUCUCCAACAUCUGUGCACAGGUUGCACCAUAGCAGAAUUUAUCCUGAUAGAAUUUCUCUCACCCCAUUGGAGUUUUACUCAUUGACAACAUCUAAAUUGCUCAAAGCUUUUAAUAGCAUCAGUUUUAGAUAGAGAACUAAUCAACCCUGACAUCAGUAACGCAUGCUAAAUUUAAAGCCAUCAGCUAAUGCUGCAUUCAUUAAUCAUUUUAGUUAACCAUCAUGUUUGGCUUGAUUGGAUUUGAUGGUGUAAACAACAAAAAAAAAGACAGUCAUUUUUCUACUGUUGAGUGUAUAUAAACAAAUUCAAUCUUUAUGAAUUUAUUAUUUAAAUCACAUUAAUGGAGAAUCAUUUAGGGGCUUAUUAAAAUUUUUUCUAUUAUGACUCCAAAUAAAAACAAAGCAGAGGGCCAGGCGCGGUGGCUCAUGCCCAUAAUCCCAGCACUUUCGGAGGCCGAGGUGGGCGGAUCACCUGAGGUCGAGACUUCGAGAUCAGCCUGGCUAACAUGGUGAAACCCUGUCUCUACUGAAUAUACAAAAUUAACUGGGCAUGGUGGCGCAUGCCUGUAGUCCCAGCUACUCGGGAGGCUGAGGCAGGAGAAUCGCUUGAACCCAGGAGGCGGAAGUUGCAGUGAACUGGGAUCAUGCCACUGCACUCCAGCCUGGGCGACAGAGUGAGACUCUGUCUGUCUCCAGAAAAAAAAAAAAAAAAAAAAAAAAAAAAAAAAAAAAGCAGAACACAUUUGCGUUCAACUUUUUUCCAUCACUCUGUUGGUUCUUGAGAUGUCAGUGUCAGUUUAAAAACGUGCUGUACCACCUUUAAAAGGACUGGAGCAGGCAGUCAGUGAUUCAGUUCACCUUGACUCUAGUCAUAGAAGUGGACCCAACUGAGGGCUCAACCUAGUUGUGGGCAUUUGUGAAGGAUUCCAGUUAGUGUUUUCUUUGGAAGCAGGAGGCUUCAAGCCAUCACAUCUCCAAUUCUAUAGAAUAUCAAGUCAUCGUUAAAGAACAGCAGCAGGUGUUUGAUAUUUUGUGCUAUUAAGUGUAGUUUGCGCUCAUCUAAUUAUGCAGGGUUUCAUGGUGUUUCUCGAUUUUGUUGAACCUACCUGAUGCAUUUGGCAUUGUAGAUAAGGACUAACAGUAAGGGAGAUUUAGAGUCUUCAUGUUAGUCCAUUAACAUAAGUUUAUUAUAAAAUACACUGUAAGCAUUUCUGACUAAUGUACCAUCAGAUUUAAGAAGUUACCAAACAAUAUGUAUUCGCUGAGCUUCAUUCCUGCUGAAUCUGAGACCAGCAGUGUCUCAAUUAUUACAUUGCUGCCAGGAGAGAAGGGGAGGAGAAUGAAUAGUUAUGGAAGUUGUAGAAUCUAGGAUAUUCCAACCUUGGAUUGCCAGAGUUCAGAGUCCAUGUUUUUCUGUCACCCAGGGUCACGACUGGUCUCCCCAGCUCUUCCCUCCUGUUUUUCCACCCAAUUCUAAGCCCUGUGGUGACCCAGACCCUAUCCUGAUGUGGGAGUCAGAAAGGAGUAUCUUCCAAGCUCAUUGUACUCAAAGGGAUAAAAGAAAACUACUCAGUUGUUAUUCAGAUAUAUUAACCAGCUAUAUGGAGGCAAAAAAGGGAGAGAGAAAUUUAAAUAUUUGUUUUUUAACAUUUUAAUGAUGAAAUAUAUGCACUUGGACAAAAAUGAUCACCCAGUAUAGUUGGGCAUACAUUGUGACAUGCCCAUCGGGGGAACUUUAUUGUAUUGGAGGAGGGCAAUGUAUCCAGCUUUGUUAGUAGAUGUAGCACAUUAAAGCGUAACUAUUGUGAUAAGGUUUAGGGGUUAGGAAUAUCAUUUGAGUUUGGUAGAUGCUCUUCUGGAAAACAAUGAGGCUGGGAAUGUUUCUGGCUUUAUGUUGUAUUCAUAAAAAUAAAAUGUACUGGCUUGGAAACUUUGGUGAUUGUGCGCCAGACAGUGCGAGAGCCCUGGUCAGUGACACUGUUCCUUUGCACUUGCUGCUGGGAGAAGGGAGUGAGCGAGGGCUCCCCCGAGGGCUUGCUCCUGGACACUUCUCACUGUUCACACUCAUGCUGGGAACUCCGUGGCCUUUGUACUCGCCAGAUGCCCAUGACUCCCAACCCAGCCCCCUCUUCCGAGAAUCAGGCCCACCCAUCUUCCUGCCCAUUUCACGUCUGAAACUCUACUCACCUAGUAUGAAAACUUCCAUCCACUCCUCAAGCCUGUUACCCUUCUGGUGCUCCCUACCUUGGUAAGUGGACCAUCGGCUAGUUGAUAGCAGAGCCCUGCAUCGUCUUCCACACUUCCCUCUCUUUCCAAUGCAAUUCAAUAUCAGGGCCAGUCCAGCCCGUUUCUCAAAAGCCACCACUUCCUUCUAGUUCCACUGUCACCUCGCAUAGCUCAUAAGCCAACACUCUUCAGUUUUGCUGGGUUAUUGCAGAGGCCCCUAACCAGCCUCUGCUUACACGACAGCCCCUCUCACUGUACAUGCCAUGCGGCAACUGGCUUGUCUCUCUCACCCUGCUUAAAGCUCUCAACUGGCGACAUGGUCUGAGGAUGAAGUCAGACAUCCCAAGAAGGUCUACAAGUCCUGCUCAACCUGCUCUCUGCUUACUCUUCUGGCUUGCUCUGCCCUCACUAGAUACACCCUGACAACCCCAUCCUUCAAAUCCUCCCAGUUUCACAAACAUCCAAGAGCUUCCCUGCCUCAGAGCCUUCUCAGAGUCUCUCCCUCCUCUGGCAACACCCUUACAACCCCCUUGGUCUCGCUAAUACCCCUCCCACCCA